AAUUCUUCAGCAGUCUCUACUCAAUCGAGCACUCACUCGCAUCGUAUUCAAACAAACGACAGACAUUCGCCAGACACAUUGGCUUUGUUCUGACUCAUCAAAGUGAAUUUGUAUCUAAAUUAUUUUAAGUUGUUUCUAUAAAAAAAAAACAAAAAAACCAUAAAAGUGCAAACAUGUCAGUAGUCCAAAUGACCACAGAACAACUUCAACAGUUGAUUGAAGCCGUCCGAGUUGCAGCUGUAGCUGGCAAUCCAGCAGCUACCGCAGCAGCAGCACCCGCCCCUUCAAAAGGUAGCUUUACCAAUUGCAGUUCCCGUUUCGGGGGACAACGUGACCACGAUGCUGUCGAGCAGUUCAUCACAUCAAUGGAAACCUACAAAGAAAUCGAACACAUUAAUGAUGAAGACGCAUUACGUGGCAUAUCCUUGCUAUUCUACGGACUUGCUUCCACAUGGUGGCAAGGAGUCAAGAGGGAAGCAAAAACUUGGCCCGAUGCUAUUGAGCUUAUUCGUAGCCAUUUUUCACCAACCAAACCAGCUUAUCAGAUCUACAUGGAGAUCUUUCAGUCUAGCCAAGACGCUGGCACUGCUAUAGACACAUUUGUGUGUCAGAAGCGGGCUUUGUUGGCACAAUUGCCUGAAGGCCGCCACAAUGAAGAGACUGAGAUCGACUUGAUUUAUGGAUUGUUACAUGUCAAUUAUCGCAAACACAUUGCUCGUCAUGAUGUCAAGACAUUCCGAGAUCUGUUGGAGAAGGGUCGAAUUAUUGAGCAUAAUAAUACUGAAGCUUUCGAGGCUCCAGGACCAAAACCAUCAACAGAAAGGAGUAGCGGCGGUGGUAGUAAUAGAUGUUCUCAUUGCAACUACAGAGGACAUACAGUCGAAAACUGCCGCAAGAAGAAGUCAACUGAAGAUCAUUAAAAACCUGAGGUCAUCAACACUUGGUAUAAUUUAUUGUAGGUUAUAUUAUUUAAGUAGUUUGUUCUAUUUUAAGACAAUUUGCACUCUUGGCUUUUCAAAAUGGCAUCUCGGUAAACCAUUUCGUUGGGGAGUUUGGAGGAUUUUCCAAAACUAACUUAGUUUUGGAGAGUUUUUCUAAAAACCUUGUGAAAUGAGUGUUUUCAUGGGAUCCAUUUUUGAUUUCGCCAAAAAACUUAUAUUUAAUUAAUUUGUGCUACGCCUUAUCUAGGAUAGCCCAUCUAGAUUUAAAAUCUAGAAAUACUUAGGGUUUCUACUGCUGAAACUCUUACAUUGUCAAGAAUUAUUAGCCGAAAGGCUCAACUUUCGCCGUAAGGCAAAACUCGCCGAAAGGCACAAUUGUGGAACGUACAAACCCGAGUAUGGAGUGGAAUCUAUUGAAAGAUUGGAAUCGUGCUAUGAGUUUUUCGAGAAAUAAUGAACUGUGUGGAAUUGGAUAAAGUAGUUUGGAGACAUAAAUGAUUCAGUACUUUGUACAUACUGAUUUAUUUUUGAACUCCUGACUUCGUUAUUUGUUCCUUUUGAAUUUGUGUUAUUAUUCCCAGUUUUGCUUAUGGCAUUUUUAAAUAAUUAAAUAUAAAUUUAUAUUUAUAUAUUUUUAUGUAUAAUUAUUUAUUAAUUUUGAAGCCUAUCUUGAUGUAGACAUCUACAAAGUAUUCACCCCCUUUUGCACAUUUGACUUGAAACUCAUCGAACUUUGAAGGUAGGAUUUGUGGCAUUUUUAUUGAGAAACCUUGGUUUUUCAGUGCAAAUACUAGAUAUCCAAGCCUUAAGAUUGUGAGUUUGAUUUUGGGUGUACAAAAGGGUUCCGGAGACCUAGUCUCCAAAACCCUAUUGCUUUUUGAAAUUCUCUAUCGUCUUGAGGUUGAAAAAUCUUUAGGAUACUUUUAGUCCGAUGAAAGCAAUAGUUGUUCAAAAUGUCAGAUUUUAAUGAGAAAGUUUAAAUGGAACUCGGAUUAUGUCUUUAAACGUUUUUAUUUGAAAUCUUUACUUUCUGAAUGAUUUUUGUUGAAUUUGUCUAAAAGUUGUCCUUUAAAUUUUUCACGUUCUCAAAAAUGUAUAUUUGAGAAAUUCUAAAAGUGGUAAAAAAAUCUUUUUAUGCUUUGCAUAAAAUACUUUUAUCGUUAAUCGAUAAAUCAAUUAAAACAAAUCAAACCAAAUCAACUUUUUGUACUUUAUUGUACAUAAAACUGAAUUUUAAAUUUUGAAUUUAUUGUAAUUCAAUAUUUGCAUAUAUUAUAAAAACAUUCGCCAGUAAUUUGGCUUUGUUAACGACUCUUUGUAGUCAAUUUUGUUGUGUUAAACACAACAACAAACAUUUUCUGGCUUUAGACGCCAGCAGGCAUUAAUAAUUUUUAUACGAAACAACAACAAACAUCACUUUGAAUAUGAGAAUACGAUUUAUAAAUA